ACCACACCCAACUAUUUUACAUUUUCAUAUUCGCCCUUUCAUUGCUUCGGUUGUAGAUUCCAUUACAGCACUAACCAUCACGAAAUUUAUAUUUUUUUUCUUCUCCAUAUUGAUUGUAUCUCACGUUUUGCCCCUUUUCACCGUCUCACGGGUUCUUUGCCUUUUCUUGAUUACGCUUUUGAUCACUUCUUCACAUUUAUUCAAUACCCCAUUUUGGAAAUCUUUCCCUAAAUAGUCAUUUACAUUUUUUUCUUUUCUUUUUGGCAUUGGUAUCCGUUUUUGUUUCUGGGUUUUGUUGCAUCCUUUGGAAGGUGCAUGCUGUUGAUUCCUGAAAUCUGCAUAUUUUUGUGGGGGUAAGAAGCAAUGAAGCUCUGGGAUAUAUUGCAGUCUACAUGUAUAGGUGAUCUUCAUUGUAUAAACAUAGAUAGUUGUUAAGAAGAUAGCUAAAGACAUGGCAACUACAAUGGGUAGAAAGGCAGCUCCUGCACGGAAUAUGAUGGCAUUUAAAUCUUAUCACAGUCAGGCUCAGACUCUAGUUAAAACUUAUUUGUUAGCAGAUCAUUUUAUACCCUACACUUCUGUCUUUGCGGGCAUAUUUGCUUGCAAAAUGGUCUAUGAUUUAUGUCAACUGAUCAGCAGUUUUUACUUUAGGACGUACACUACCCUAACAAAAAUUCAAAGGAUUGAGUGGAACAACCGUGGCAUGUCAACAGUUCAUGCCAUUUUCAUAUCUGCUGUGUCCACGUAUUUUGCAUUCUGGUCCAAUCUUUUCUCUGAUCACAAUCCUGAUGGCCUUUUAAUCACCAGAAGUUCACAACUAUCAACUUUUACAUUAGGGGUGUCAGCUGGGUACUUUCUUUCAGACCUUGGAAUGAUUUGCUGGUUUUAUCCUUCUUUGGGUGGAUUAGAGUAUGUUGUCCAUCAUUCUCUUUCAGCAGUUGCUGUAGCAUACUCCAUGUACACUGGAGAAGGACAACUUUAUACAUUCAUGGUACUCAUAUCUGAGGUGACAACACCAGAGAUCAACAUGAGAUGGUUUCUUGAUACAGCUGGAUUGAAAAGAUCUAGUGCAUAUCUGAUAAAUGGCGUGGUGAUAUUUUUUGCAUGGUUGGUUGCAAGAAUAUUGCUGUUCAUUUACAUGUUUUACCAUGUCUAUUUGCACUAUGAUCAGGUCAUUCACAUGCACAUUUUCGGAAUUCUUUUGGUUUUUGGAGUCCCCUCAGCUCUUGGUGUGAUGAACCUAAUGUGGUUCGGCAAAAUUAUUAAGGGGUUGAAAAAGAACCUUGCAAAAAGGCUGUGACAAGAUGUCAGCAUGAUCAGUUCUCAUUUUGAUGCAUUUUCCCACGAACUCCUCUAUACUGUACAAAUGGGUUGUAAGGUAGCUAGCUGAAACGGGAAAAGAGAAGGGUUAAAGAUGUCGGAAGAAUAGAGAAUUAGUAAAAUCAACAGAAACCAAUGCAUGUAACUGGCUCCUAGCAAAGCAUGAUCAAGAAGCUCACCUAUUCUAUUGUGAGAAGAAAAGCAGAACAUUCAAUGAGAAACCCAAUGGGAAGUAAGUAACACGAGCCCUGUAUAUGUGAUCCAUUCAAGUGACAUAGUUGUCUCCAUGCGAUAAACAUCUCAGGGCCAGUAACUCCACUUGCAUGUUAGCGUGUUCAUAUAAUUUUGUUGUUUCCUUCAACUUUAGUUUACUUGUUUACGAGCCAUCUUAUUUAGAUCCAUAUUCUUAUUUUGCUUUUAUUCUUUGUUUGGCAUCACGUCUUGAAGGCGUGGAUAGGUUUGGUGUACUACCAGGUUUUCAUUUCUUUGUAAAGAUGUAAGUUGUUCAAAUGUGGAGAAAUAUGAACUUUGUAUUCUCUUGC